AUGUCGUUCUUUGUAAUGAAGCGACAAUGGGUGAAGCGUGAGACUUGCUUCUUUUUGGGCGAAAAUCCAAUAAAGAAUGAUCAGUGCUGGAAAGGGUUUCAUGCUAUGGCGCUUCCGUCGCCGCCACCAAUGGGGGUGGUGGAGAUGGGUCAAUAUCCGUGUUUUGGGUCAAUAUCCGGAUUUGAAGGGGAUAAAGGAAAAGGGUUGUUGUCGUGGAUGCCUUUUUCUCCUUUUGUUGCUCAAGUGGAAAUAAAGGAAGAGAAGAAGAACGAUGUUCAUAAGGAUGAUAAUGUGUGGGAAAGAGAUAGUUUUAUAGAAAAUUUUGAUGAUAGUGACGAUUUUUAUGAUGAAAAUGGAAGUAAAAAUGAGGUGACACUGGAGAAUUUCAAUGCAAAGAAAGUGAAAAUAGAGGAGAAAAAUGAAGAAAGGGAGUGCGAACAAUAAUGGGUUGGAGAGAAGUGUUGAAUCAGAUGCUCAUAACACCGGGAAGAUGGCAAUGAAGAGCAAAAAGCCAGUGGCAGAGAGAAAGAAGUUGUUGAUGGGUAACGAGACAAAAAAUUAGAUAAAUAAGGGUUAUCCUUAUGGUGGUGAAGAAUUGGGCUUGAAGGUGGAAGCCAGUGAAGAUAAUGAGCAUUUUGAUUCUUGGUUUGGUGCAAGAAUGGGAAUAGGAAAUGGUGGAAAUGACUUUGUCACGGGUUAAGUGGAGUUUUUUUAGGGAGCUGAUGAUAUCUAUGUGGGUCUACAGGAGAUUUCUGAUGCUUCUUAUGCUUGAUGGCAAAUUAGUUAAGGGAUAAGGGGUAUACACGUAUACGAUCUUUCUUGACU